AUGUCGCCCAUGGUCCUCGAGAACGAUGUAGAAGUGGGAGAAAGUCUGCCGCCAGCAACCGAGCACGCAGUCAGCGUCUCACUGCCAACAUGGCGAGCAAAUGUAGGCUACGAAGAGGGCGAGGAGUGGGUCCUCAGCAAGAUGAAGACGGGCUAUCCAAGAUUCUUCAUUCACAAGAUCAUACAAGCCUUGGCAGCAACCAUUGCCGACAAGUACGGACGUCCGGAUGAGAGUGCCAUGCUGUUCCCCACACAUGCCAUCGCGGCGAGAUGUCAAGACUUCUUCUUCAGCCAAGCACCUGACCUGAAUGCAUCCCAAGUCCGCAUCCUGGACUUCCUGCCCAUAGGCGAGAAAGAAAGAUCCCACGAGUUUGACAUCAUCUCUCCGCGCAUCUCAGCCGUCCUCUUUCCAAAGGAGCGCUUCAGCAUAGCAAAGGCCUUUUGGCAACAUUCCGGUGACGGCGUGUCGAGCCGGAGAGCAGAGUACUGCGCCCAGCUAUUUAAAGAAGGCACCCUCGUAGAAGCCUCAACACUCGAAACCCCACUACGAGUAUCCAAGGGCCCUAGACGCUACCAGAAGAAGACAUCAGUUGACCUCGAUGCUUCGGCUGACCCCUCAAAUGGCAACAGAGAAGUGCAAGACCCCACUCUGUUUGUCGAAGAGCGUUUCGGACGCAACCUGAGUCUCUCACAGGCAAAGAAUGCCAAACUAGCCGUGCGAAGGCGCAUCGCUGGCUCCUUGACCGCAGACGUUGGACUAACCGAAGCCAUGGCGCUGGACCACGACGCAACAAGGAAAAGACCCGUCGCCGGCUUCUCAGAAGACGACGUCUACCUCUAUCCCACAGGCAUGAGCUCAAUCUUCAACUCGCACCGCAACAUCCUGCGCGCAAAAGGCGCAAAGAAAUCCAUCGUCUACGGCUUCCCAUACAUCGACACGCUCAAAAUCACGGAGAAAUUCGGCCCCGGCUCCCAUUUCUACGGCUUCGGCUCUGCAGACGAACUCGAUGAUCUCGAGCAGCGCUUGAAAUCCGGCGAGCAAUUCGCCGCCCUCUUUACAGAGUUUCCCGGAAACCCGCUGCUGAAAUCCCCAGACCUGGAACGCAUUCGCAAAUUAGCGGAUACGUAUGAUUUUUGCGUUGUCGUGGACGAGACGAUUGGCAAUUUCAUCAACGUCAAUGUGCUGCAGUAUGCAGAUGUAGUCGUGAGCAGUCUGACAAAGGUGUUUAGUGGCGAGAGUAACGUCAUGGCUGGAGGUCUCGUGCUCAACCCCGAAGCAAAAAAUUACCCCCUGCUCAAACGCACGUGGGACGAAGACUACCAAGACAACCACUGGGCCGAAGACAGCAUCUUCCUCGAGCGCAACAGCAGAGACUUUGUCUCGAGAAUCGAGCGUAUCAACGUCAAUGCUGAAGCAAUUUGUGAAGUCCUGAGCUCACAUCCUCGAGUCAAGCAAGUAAACUACCCCAAAACCUCGCCGUCCCGCCCCCACUACGACAAAUGCCGCAAUCCCAACGGUGGCUAUGGCGGUCUGCUCUCAGCUACCUUCCACACCCGAGCCGACGCCAUUGCCUUUUUCGACAACCUCGAUACCGUCAAGGGACCUAGUCUGGGUACAAAUUUUACCCUCAGCUCGCCUUAUGUCAUUUUAGCGCAUUAUGGGGAACUAGACUGGUUAUGGAUAUGCCUGGCUAACGACUUUGGACAUAUACAGUGUGCUAAAUGGGGUGUAGAGCAGGAUUUGAUUCGCUUCAGCGUGGGGCUAGAAGAGACGAGUAAACUGGUUGAGACGUUCAAGAAGGCGCUGGAUGCUUUACCUGCGCAGGAUGGCGCGGAUGCAAACAAAUAG